AUGUCCUCCUCGCACUCCCCUGAACGCGCUCGAUCGGCUUCGCCAUCGGCCUCACCAGUUCAGUCUGACUCCCCGCAUGCAGACGCCAAUAAGAAGGACUCGGGCGUUCAAGAUCGCGAGCUCACUCAGGAUGAAAAGCUCCGCAUUUCCAUCGCUGAGUCGUAUGCGGAUGGUUCUUUAUUUGAGCAAGAUAUCUCGCUUCUCACCGACGACGAGCGACGCGCUAGACGGAAGGCGCUCGAGCGUCUACUUCGCUCUGAGCACGCCUGUCUCAAGAACCUGGAGAACGUGGUCCGCGCAGAAUAUGCGAUGGUCGAAGCCGCGAAAGAGCGUGCAGAUGCACUUUGGGCGGAGGUCGCUAGACUUGAGGAGGAAGUCGCUAUUCUCGAGGCGCGCAACGCUCAGAAGGACGAGGACGUUGCUGCUCCUCAGUCGACACCAGAGGCCGCCCAUGUCUCGAACAGUUAG